GUCCUCUGUUUCCUGCCUGUAUCCGGGUCCUGUAUGGAAGCCCGUGCGAGGCUGUCCCGGAGACCCCGCGCUGCCUGCACCUCUAUCGUCUCGGUUGACAUGGACGAUGAAGAUGGCAGGUGCCUGCUAGAUGUCAUUUGUGACCCAGAAGCACUCAACGAUUUUCUUCAUGGAUCAGAGAUACAUCUGGACACUGACGACCUUUUGGAUGGCUCUAACGACCCCUCCAGCUCGUUCUUCUCUUCUGUUGGGUGCCACGUUCCAGAGGUCCCACCCCCAGUCCAGCUGUCGUCCAAUGAGCAGCAAGGCCUGCCCCGGGUCAGCGUGGACCUGGACUUCCUGGAAGAUGAUGUCAUCCUGGACGGGUCGCCGGGCGACGACGGUAGCAACGCCAUGGAGCCAUGCGACAUCCUGCAGCAGAGCCUGGCGGAGGCUAACAUUACAGAGCAGAGCCUGCAGGAGGCCGAGGCAGAGGUGGACCUGGGCUCCUUCGACCUCACCAUGCCAGGUCUGACUCAGGUGGUCCAGACCCUGCCCUGUACAGACAGCCUGACUGGGUCUGGAGGGACCGCUGCGGGGGUGGGGCUCCCCAUCUUCCCUGGAGCUCCAGGCUCCUCCGCCACCCCUCCCCAGGCCACAGCUGACAUGCUGGGCUCGGUGCUGGCCCAACAGGGCCUGGAGUUUGGGCCACAGGUCAUGAACAAGGCCCAGACCAUCAGUAUGCAGCCUUUCAUGCAGCAGGUGGCAGGCCUGGGUAACGUCACCCUUCAGCCAAUCGCCUCCCUCCAGGCCCUACCUAACGGCUGUCAGUCAGGACACCUGGGGCUGGGACUGGGGCAGAUACAGGUGAUGGGCCAGCCCACUGUGAUGACUAUGAACCAAUCAGGACAGUCCAUCCUGGCCAAGGGUAUGGGAGGAUACCAGCUGCACCAGCCUGGCCCCGAGGCACAGGGGGCAGGUGGGCAGGGUGGACUUGGAGGAGGACUUCUGAUCCAAGGGGGAAAAGCCACUCUGGGACCUCCUGCUUUAAACGGACCAUCGGUGUGCGGUACCACCGGAACCUUGGUUGGGUUCAGUAGCCCCGGACUGGCGCAACAUGGGCAGAACCAUCCCCAAGGACAGAUCAUGCAGAACUUGAUCGUCCAGCGAACUCCGACCCCCAUCCAACCCAAACCCCCUCAGGGGGGCGCAGCCAUCCAGCCCAAACUGUUUAAGCAGCAGCAGCAGCAGGCCCAGCCACACGCCUUCCAGAAUGAAGCCAACAAGGCUCUAGGGGUGCAGCAUGUCCCUGUCUCCACUGCCCAGAAUGUAGCCUUCCUGACAGGCAAGCCUGGCGCCAACGUGGUCCUGACCUCCCAGGCAGGGCUUCCCCAACAGGCUCUGUUCAAACAGCAGACGGCCCACCACCCCUCUGGGAAAGCACUCAGUGUCCACCUGCUCAACCAGCCCGGCAGCAUCAUGCUGGGGGGCCAGAACCACCAGUUCCUCCUGCCACAGCAGCUAGCCGGGGGUCAGAUCCUCACCCAGCACCCAGGGGGCCACAUCAUCACCUCCCAGGGGCCUGGGGGCCAACUGAUAGCCAAUCAGAUCCUGGCUCAGCACCAGAACAUCAACCUGGGCCAGGUGCUGAUGUCUCAGGGCCACAUCCAGCUGCAGCCGGGUCAGAUGGGUGUGGGACAUCAGCUUUUCCAGAUGCCUGUUACCCUCUCCCAGAGCCAGACCCACCCGGUCACGGGCCACCAGGCCCACACGGUGAUCCAGGGCAUGCCCCUGCAGAACUCCCUGGCCAUGCUGAGCCAGGUGGAGGGGGUGAGUCCUGCUGUCAGCCUGCAGCCCGCUCUGCAACCGCAGCCGGGGGCGUUCCCAGCAGCGGGAUGGGCGGGGCAGCUGCCAUGGCACAGGGCCAGCCUGGGGAGAGUGGGAGCUGUACAGACCAGGCAGCCCAUCCUGGACAACCCCCCCAGCACUCCUCCAUCCUUUCUAUGCAGACUGGGCCCUCUGUCUCUGUGGCUGUCUCUGUCCCCUCCUCUUCUCCAUCCUUAUCUGUGUCCUCCACGUCAGCCCAGCAACAACACAGCCCCGGGAGCAGGGUGCUCUUCACAGGGCCACAGGGCUCCAGACCAGCGACAGACAGAGAAUGACCCCGCCCCCUGUGUCUCAGUGGGCGUGCCAGCGUCCGUUAUCGUCAGCAGCAACAGCAGCUCUGGCAACACACCCUCGGGUCUUGACAGCCAAUUAGCUGAGGCAGCAGUGAUGCCCCAGGCGGCUGGACAGCAGUUGAAGCUCCAGAGCCUGUCCCCCUCCCAGCCCCUGGCCUCCCACACUGCUCCCCCUCUGUCGGACAGCCCUCAGCCCUCCCCCUUCCCCCUGCAGUCCCCCCACCACCAUGAUCCCUGGCUCCCCCAGCCUGCACAACAACAACAACAACAACAGAUGCACAUCCAGUCCCGGCCCCCCUCCCAGCCUGCUCCCUACCAACCUGACGUCCCCCCUCCCACCUGCUCCCCCAAACCCUCCCAGACUCUCCAGGGCCCUCCUGCAGGGUUCCAAUUUACGGUGCCCGAGGUGGGGGCCCCCGGCGGUGGAGUGGUGAAGACCCAGGCUCAGCCCAUCGCUCAGCCCAUCGCUCAGCCCAUCGCUCAGCCCAUCGCUCAGCCCAUCGAUCAGCCCAUCGCUCAGCCCAUCGCUCAGCCCUCUCCACAACAGAAACAACAGCAGGUCCAACAGAGCAUUAUAUUACAGGCCAAACAACAGCAGCACAGCCAACCCCAAACUCCACCCCAACAACAAGCCCAGUUCAGCUCACAGCAAGAUGUGCCUGCUCUUCUGAUCCCACAACAGGCCCAGUCCAGCUCACAGCAAGAUGUGCCUGCUCUUCUGAUCCCACAACAGGCCCAGUUCAGCUCACAGCAGUCUGUGCUGGUCAAGACUCCUGCCACAGCAUCCAAUGACGUGCAGGUGUUCUCAGGAGUGCAGGGUCAAGGCGGAGUUGAGGUGAACCAAGGGGGCGUGGCUCCAGCUAGUUUUAACCAUCCGCCCGGUCAACAGUCACUACACCAGUCUGUGCAGUCAAAGACUGAAGGACUGAUCGGUCAGAUGGGGGUGAGGAGCCUGGGGAUGAUUCAGGUGAUCGGGUCAGGUCUGGGUCAGAUGACGUCAACACAGCAGCACACCCCUGGUCUGGUCUCGUUACAAACACAGACUGCUACUAUGAAGAUGCCUUUCAGUAUUGCUGAACCCAGCAAGGAAGCCAGGAUGUUGGAGCAGCUGAGGAAGCAGCAGGGUUCAGUCCUCCACCCAGACUACAGCUCUUCCUUCCAGUGUUUUGAAGACACCCUGACCCGCCUGGUGCCUUACCACCUCUACCAGGGCACCGCCACCGCACCACACGACUACCACAGAGUGGAUGAUGAGUUUGAGAGUGUUUCCAGCCAGCUCCUGAAGAGAACGCAGGCCAUGCUGGAUAAAUACAGACACCUGCUUUUUGAAGAGUCAACGCGCCUUGGCCCGUCAGCUGAGAUGGUAAUGAUGGACAGGAUGUUUAUUCAGGAGGAGAAGAUCUCUCUUGGACAGGACCGCAUCCUCGCCAGGGACAGACCUGAGGAGUACGUUGCCAACUCGAAGCUGCUGGAGCGGGAGAGUGUAGCUGCCAGGGUGCCCCAGUCUUUUGUGUCUGCUGAGCCCAGCGUCGUGUGGAGUCGUGUAUCUGUGGCAGGGGCAGAUACAGGUCCUACCCCCAUCACAGCCUCAACACCGGCCCACUUUCCCUCCACCAAGCUGGUGAUAAAGCAGGGAGGAGCAGGGGCGUCUGCCUCCUGGUCCAGCUCCCCAGCUCCUGUAGCCAGGUCGGGGUCGGGGGGCAGACAGACGGUUGACACCCAGAGUCACAGCUCCUCCUUCAGCCACGGUCCUCCGCCUCCUUCCUCGUCCAGCUCCUCCUACCGCUCCUUCUCCUCCAACUCUUCCUACCGCCCCUCCUCUCGUCCAGCUGAUGAUGAUGAUGAUGAUUCUCUCCCCCAGAGGACCAGUAAACCUCCCAUGAAGACUUACGCCGCCCGCCCACGCAUCGGCUUGAAGCUCAAGAUCAAACAGGAAGCGGGGCUUAGUAAGGUGGUACACAACACCGCCCUCGACACACCAUCCACACCCCAGCCUCAAGCCCAACCACACCCCACCACCCAGCCACAAUCAGCACUGACGCACCCGAAAGCCCGAGCCGUAGCAGCACUAGCCACUCCUCCUUCUAUAACAACUGUCAUUAGGACUCCACCCCCUACCGGUAAUGCCACUUCCUCGGCAACGGUCUCCAUAGAAACCACACAGGCGACCCCCAGCCCCCUCCAGAGAGUCACAGCCCCCCCACCCCCCUCCUCCUAUCAUCCUUUGUCUUCAUCAUCAACGACAACACCAUCCUCAUCCUCUUUCACUGCUCAUAUUAACGGAACGUUAGAACAUCACAAUGUGGGUGGAGUCGAGCGUAACCCCGCCUCCACGGUCACUCCUCCUCAGACCACUUGCCGCCUACCGCUAAGGAAGACUUACCGGGAGAACAUCAGCCCGCGCGUCCGACCGGGCGUACCGGGAGGAGGAGGAGACAGUGUCCCAUACCCCCGUCCCUCCCCCUCACCCCCCCAAAUCUCCCCUCCCGCCCUCCUCACCCUCUGCCCUCUCGGAGAGGACAGUGAUCUCCAAUGUGAAGUUGGAGAAGAGAGGAGGCAGCUCCAGGGAGGUGGGCUCCCACGCCCAUACAGAGCCCAACCGAGAGGCCCCGAGGCUGGGGAACUCCACCUCCUCCUCCCCUGGCUUAGGUCUGGAGGUGUUGUACCGCGGCAUCAAAAACACAAACACCCACCCUCACCUCUCAGACAGAACCAGAGACUGGACAGAGGAGGGGACAGAGGAGGGGACAUGGGGAGAUGUAAAAGGGUGAGCAGUAAAAACCAUCAGAGGUCAGGGAGUGGACCGUUCAGAAUGGACCAGCAUGCCCCUGGGCCCCCGUCCACGGCGCCAGAUGCUUCCUGUUACAGAGACUCAUCACUUCCUGCUAAGCGCUGUAAGUCAGACUCCCCUGACAUGGACAACGCCUCCUUCUCCUCCGGUUCCCCGCCACACGAUGAGUCUCUUAACGAGCACCUGCAGUGUGCUAUCGACUCCAUCCUCAACCUGCAGGGCCAGGUCCAGGGGCCCCCACCGCGCGGGGCUAAAGGGGGCCCUGCCAGGCCACAACGCGCCACAGGCCCCCAGUCCUCCUCAAACACACACAGACCCUCUUCCUCAUCCUCCUCCUCUUCUCAGGUUGGAGGCAGAGGACGCAAUGGCGGCCUGGUGCCACAGACUCAAGGCAGAUAACACACACACACACACGGGACAGUAGAGACUGAAGAGGAGGAGAGGCGGACAGAGAAGUCUCGCUGUGUUUUAAUGAACUGUUUGUCCAUUUAAAUGUUUUCUACUUUACAACAUGACCCAAUGCUCACAGUCUCUCCAUGGAUGAGUGGAUGAUGACUCUCUCUCUCUCUGUAAAAAGGUAUUGUGUUUUACUCUGGAAGUCUCCUCUGCUCUCUCAACCACGCUCAAUCAUUCAUUAGAAUAAUUAGUCUUGAGGUUUUUCAUUCACACGCUGUAUUCCAUUCCAUUCCUUAGUUCAUCAUGUUCUGUCUUCCUGUCUCUGUCUGUCUGUCUCUGUCUCUGUCUGUCUCUGUCUCUGUCUGUCUGUCUGUCUGUCUCUGUCUGUCUGUCUGUCUGUCUCCUGGUGAAGAAAUAACACCGUGGUCAUGUUCACUAGGUGAAACGGGUGAAAAAUAAUCUGAAACUACACAAACUAGUCCAUUAAGAACACAGAUUUUGUUUUUCUGUUGCAAACGGUUUUACUACGGUGUGCCCUACUGAGGGGACGCUCCCUACAGCCUGCUGUCACUAGGUAACCCACACCAGGAAGAGAGAGGUCUGGUUUAUAACGCCCUACAGCCUGCUGUCACUAGGUAACCCACACCAGGAAGAGAGAGGUCUGGUUUAUAACGCCCUACAGCCUGCUGUCACUAGGUAACCCACACCAGGAAGAGAGGUCUGGUUUAUAACGCCCUACAGCCUGCUGUCACUAGGUAACCCACACCAGGAAGAGAGAGGUCUGGUUUAUAACGCCCUACAGCCUGCUGUCACUAGGUAACCCACACCAGGAAGAGAGAGGUCUGGUUUAUAACACCCUACAGCCUGCUGUCACUAGGUAACCCACACCAGGAAGAGAGAGGUCUGGUUUAUAACGCCCUACAGCCUGCUGUCACUAGGUAACCCACACCAGGAAGAGAGAGGUCUGGUUUAUAACGCCCUACAGCCUGCUGUCACUAGGUAACCCACACUAGGAAGAGAGAGGUCUGGUUUAUAACGCCCUACAGCCUGCUGUCACUAGGUAACCCACACCAGGAAGAGAGAGGUCUGGUUUAUAACGCCCUACAGCCUGCUGUCACUAGGUAACCCACACCAGGAAGAGAGAGGUCUGGUUUAACCAUAUCAUCACAUACAGAUCCAUGUGUCUCUUUCCAAAUCGGGAUCUCUAUCAGCAUCACAAAUAAGAGUUUCUGGUUCA